AUGGCCGAAGAAGGGUAAGGUGGAGGAGGAAGAACUAGGAAAAGGAGCAGCAGAAGAAGAAGUGGUUAAAAAAAAAAAGAAAAAAAGAAAACAUCAGCGACUCUUGACUGUGUGUGAACAAACAAGGUUACACAGUUAUCUGAGGAAACAGCCUGAUGCAUGAUGUAAGCUGUGUGGUGUUUAAAAGCCUCCUGAAACCCUGGAAGUGGCUGCUGAUAUGGUGGACCUGAGACUGGCUCCAAGAAGCCCCCAGUCUCCAUUUUUCAUGAGAGUCUGGGGAAACGUUGCCACAGAUUAUGGAUCGAGGAUAUCACCUUCCAUGAGUUUCCAGUUUUACAGUGCUUCAGUCAAACAGCUGUAAGGGACAUGGAGUGGGAAGCAACUGAGAAAGAGAUGGAUGGAGUUACAGACACUGACGAGGACAUCCCUAAAGGAGAUUCCACCUUUGUGACCAAAUCUAGUCAGUGUGAGGACAGACAGACUGAUGAUGACUACGAGCAGGAGAACACAAACGCCAGUUUCAAAUCUCAGGACACCCCAAACCCAGCCACCCCACAAGAUUUCGGAAUUGAUGAAGCAGAGUAUUGUGGACCUGCAGCAGACAAAGAGGACACUGAGCAGGCUUCGGACUGGUUAGAGCAUGACGGCGCUACAGAUCUUGAAAACUCACAGGUUCAAGAGGAAGACGAUAUUGAGAAGGAGCAGCACAUGAAUGGAGAGUCUGGCUGGAGGAGCCUUGGAGGAGGACGGAGAUGCAAACUGAAGAGCAGUGGUUCAUUUUCAGAGCAGAGCAGUCAAAGUGCUUUUGCCUCUUUUCAAAAAAGCAAUGUUACAUCCAGCGGUGGCCGGCACAAGCAGACCCGCAGACGUCACCACCACCAUCAGCAGAACCGGAGCCGCAGGCGGACAGGCAACCAGAUCAUCUUAGCUUUCAAGGAGAUGCUGUCAGAGUCUCUAAGCUUCUGGUGCAUCUCCUGCGUCCACAUGAUGAUUGAGAUUAUUGUCACAUUAACUCACAAUUGUGGAGUCUGUGUGGAGGCUGUAGGAGUGAAACUUUAUAACUUUGGAUUGCAGCUUCUUUCAAAGAUCACAGAUAUACGCGGGUUGAAGGCGGAUGCCAGUCGGAUUUUGAAAUGGACUAAAUGCACAGGAGUAGACGUGGUGGAUAAAAUUGUCAGGUCGGUGAAGUGGGUAAAGACAGCUGCCUUAUCUUGUUUCAGACUUUUCAGUUUUUUGGCUAUUCUCGGGUCCCAGUGGGCAAAGGGUGUGGUGGUCCGACUUGGUGGAGAGCGGGGAAAGCGCUACUGGACAUCUUUUCAGGAUUUAAGGUUUUGGAAGCGGGUGGUUUCCCUGCUGGAGAGAGUUCAGAGACGGUUCAAGAGAGACGCCCAUGCACCACCAUCCACACAUGAGUCACCUGGCAGAGCAGGGAGGGGCCAGUCGGGCCAGGAGCUGGAUAGACUGCUGGCAUUGGCCGAGAUACCGGAGAAUGAGCUUGACCCCUUUACAGUGCUCGGUGUUGAGGUACACGCUUCUGAGGCUGAGCUGAAGAAAGCCUACAGACAGCUGGCUGUCCAGGUCCAUCCAGACAAAAAUAAACACCCACGAGCUGGAGAGGCGUUCAAAGUAUUGAGGGCUGCCUGGGAUAUUGUCAGUAACCAAGAGACCCGACGAGAGUAUGAGUUGAAACGCAUGGCAGCAACUGAGCUCUCCAAGUCCAUGAACGAGUUUCUCACUAAACUGCAGGAUGACCUGAAGGAAGCCAUGAACACCAUGAUGUGCACCAAGUGUGAAGGCAAACACAAGCGGUUCGAGAUGGAUCGUGAAGUGACGGAGGCCCGGUUCUGUGCUGAAUGCAAUCGUUGCCAUAGCGCUGAGGAGGGGGACCUAUGGGCCGAGUCUAGCAUGUUGGGCCUUCGCAUAACAUACUUUGCCUGUAUGGACUGCAAGGUCUAUGAUAUAACAGAGUGGGCAGGUUGUCAAAGAAUAGUAAUUUCUCCUGACACUCACCGUGUGCCCUAUCACAUCUCCUUUGGUUCAAAGAACAACAGCAGCGCCACACGACACAGGACGACCUCGGAGAAUGCCACAGGUCCAACCAAUCCCGCUGACUUGCAGGACUUCUUCAACCGCAUCUUCAAAGGAGGACCUCCUAAUGACAUGGCUGCCAACGGGGGCUUCUUCCCCUCAGGGCCCCCUCCUCAUCCCCCACCUGGUGCUGGAGUUCCGCCGUUCUCUCCUCCCCCAGGCCAGACAGGCUUCAAUAUGCCGGGGGGUCCACGGCCAGAGCCCAGCGAGACUUGGGCUGAAGGCGGCAAACCCCCCAGGAGGAGGAAGAAGGUCCGGAAACCCUUCCAGAGGUGAAGUCUGUUCACUCCUCACGGUAUCAAUAAAGCAACACAGGGACACAAUAAAUAAUGGCCAUGUUUGUCUAUCGCCUGCCUUUUGGCAUGCCAAGAUCUGGACUGAAGGAGAUGAAUGUGGGUAAGGAUCAGCCAGAGGAGAAAGAGACUGGAUCCUGAAGAGGAGUGUGUGUGGACUGAAUAUAGUAUUGAAGGAGGGCUGAAGAGGUGGUACUGGUGGUGCUUUACCUCUCAUUUUAUCUUAUUUUUCUGUUGGUCUUUAAGACAUCUGUAGCCUUGGCAUUGAAAUCCUUUUCAGGAUACUGUCACGAAACAUUUUCAUAAUCUCCUGCCAAAUCCUGCGACGCAUGAUUUACUCACCUGCAUUUUUACACACUUCAGUUCUCUCAGUUGUGUUAUUCAUAUGGUUAGUUUAAUACAUCAACUUUAGACUGCAGAGUCGGACUUUGAAAAACGGAUCACAAUAACUGACAUGAGGAAGAGGAGAGCAACACCACUGUGUCAGUGUAACUAACGUUUCUGGCAUGUGGAUCCCAGAAUAUUUCAACAAGGACUCCAACACAUCUAAAUUGACAAAAACAGCAGUUUGAGAACUUCUCUGGUAGGCGGCACACAGGCAGCGAACACUUUAGGUAUCAAUGGGUCAAUGGAAGUCAAAUCUCCUGAGACAACCAGUGUUCAAGCAUAUUUUGGCAUCAUUAUUAUUAUUUUUAACAAGAAAAUAUCUUCUUCAAAAUAAUUUAUCAUAACAUUUAUUAGAGAUUUUUCUAUGGUGACAUUUGGUGAAAUGAAAAUAAAAAAAUUUGGUCAGGUCCAAUGGUUAAAUGUUUUUAAAACACAUGUUAUUUCUUUAUGAGGAUCAGAGUCACUGUCACAACCUGUAUCCACUCAUCCAGAAGAAGUUAUGUUGGAGCUGAUUUGUAUCUGGAUAUGAAUCACCUCCAUCACGAGAGAAAACUCGCAACAUUAGGUCUGUUGUUCAGGGUUACAUUUAAAACAUGUCAAACCGCCCAGUUAGAUGAUGUGAAAUGAACCUGUGAUGCUGUCGAGAUGUUAAAUUUGGAAAUGAUGGAUUGAAAAUUUUACUUGGCUUUAUUUAUUUUGAGACCCACUGAUUUAAACAUGUUGAAUCUGCCUGAUGUUUAUUGUCUCAGACCCAGAUAAGGAUUAUAAUCACAGCACAGGUCCAGUUCAAACAGCAGCAGUGAAUUUAAUGGUGUUUAAAGCAUAAUUGGUGACGCCUUGACAGUUUGAAAUGUUGAUAUACUGUAUUUUCAGUAGUUUAAAACACCAGAGUAGUACAGAUGUAUACUGCCCCCUGUUGAUCCACUUUGCAGCCUGUUGAAAAAACAUCAACUAAUACAACAGGUAACCACUACCUGAGUCUUAGAUGUAUUAUCUAAUUUAAUAUCAGACAUGCUUAUUUCCUAAUAUUGAGGGAAAGUAGCCUUUACAUAAAUCCGAAACAGAGACUUUGGAUCAUGAGCUACACAGUAAAAUGCAGCAGUAAAACAAUAUUUAGAAUCUGCGUAGAAUCAUGAAGUUGUUAAACAUUUCAGGCUUUUUAAAAUAUUUUGUGGAUUAAUUACAAUUGAAUGACGGCUGUGACAUCAGAAAUGGCAGUUUAAACGAUUUGAGACAAGAUUUGUUUCCAUGCUCAUAUACUCUCAGUGGCUUCUGGCAGUUUAUAAUUAAUAUUAACAUCCUGACUUAUAAAUGGUGUGUUGUCAUGUUUAAACACCGAUUUCAAAAUGUCAAGGUCACACUUUCACCGUAAAUCUAAUCUUAACCCUCACAAUUUAUCUCCUAAUCUCCCCAGUGUUACUUUUUGUAACAACAUGGUCACUUGACUAAUAAGGGGUUGUAUUUUGGUUUUGGUUUGAAAUGACACUUUAAUCUUCAUCACAGGUAAAUUUAGGAGCUGUUAUUGUUUACACCUGAUAUGUGAUUGUAGUGAUACAAGACAUUUGACAAAAGCUAUUUUUUAUAUUGACAAUUGAUGAUGAGAUAUACCAUGUUCAGUUUUUCUUUCUUUUGUGUUAAUUUUGCACAUCCACCCCUGUACUAAACAUCCCAGGGUGUUUUUGAACAGAACACUCCUCCACUAACAGCUGAGUGGGAGGUGUAGCUCGCCGAGAUCUUUUUCGGUAGAAAAUGGAUGUUUAGAGAUUUUUGUUUUGGAAGAGUGCGUUUGAAUAAUCCGACCAUGACGCUUCAUUUUUCACUCUGAAGAUACCCCAAUAUGUGAACUGUUUUAGUGGGUUUGGGUGGUUGCCUCAAAAGAUGAGCCUUUGUUGCAGAUAUUGUGCAAGUUCGUUGAACCACAUUUUUCUUCAUGAGUCACUUUUUGUUCCUUUUGUACAUCCGGCCAGCUUCCCAGACGUGGAUUGAGUAAAUUUAAUCUCAAGUUUUUCUAGCAUCACAGAUUGAGAGUAAAACAGUCCUGUAUUAAAAACAUUCUAUUAAAAAACGAUUUAAUAGUCUGAAGGCAGAUCAGGGGCAAACUAAGACCAUGAGAGGUACAAAAUUUGAUUUCCAAGAUAUCAGACUUCAAUUCAGAUUAUCAAAGCAGACAAAAAUCUACGAAAAUGCUUUUGCAAAUUUGGUGCAUUUGUUCCAGAUUCCCCUGCAAUUUUUAGGACUGAAGUUCUUAUCCACCUUUUCACCUUUAAAUUUGUUUAAACAUCACUAUAUACUGUGUCUGCCCAUGUCUCGGAAAACUGGACACUUCCAGAUGUCCACCUUGACUUGAGAAUGUACAGUGCUGUAUGUUAAAGGUAGCAGUUUGAAGUCCAAGAAGUCAAAGGAAGAGCCAACACAAGAGAUUUUUUUUUUUCAGGUUUUUAAACAGAAUAUGCAGAAGUAUUGCAAAAAAAAUAUCUGACAAUCAUCAGGGUUUUUUAGUAGGGAAUAAUGUGGCGAGUUCCCUGGCUGGCAAACAGUUUUCAAAAUAUCGCUGUUGGGUUUCGUUCCCCCGCUUUCUCCGGUUUUCAAAAUAAAGAUGAUUUCCUAUAUGCACAA